AUGACACAAGAUAGGGUAAUCGCGUGGAUCGCAAAUCUACCCAAGGUCUCUCCCCACAAACUGGUGCAAGAUAUUGAUACGCCAGCAUCAGCAGCCGGCAAACACGAGCGGAACAACCCAGAACAAGCACAGGAGAGAAGCCGUCUAUCAUCAUCACCAAUACUGAGUAUAGAAACCGACGGCUCCGAAACACUUACUAGGAAGAGGCAACAGCUGCACGCACGUGCAGAUCGGGAGCAAACCACUUGGGGUCAACACGAAACCUCAAAUGAGCAUCUCAAUGCGCCGCCGUCGCGCCCCAGCGCCGGCGCUUCCAGUAGCACUCGCUCUAUAUCGCCGUUAAAAAGUCAAUUCAUGGAACUCCGCCUUGACAAGGGAGGUCUCGAGACGAAAGCGCUCACCGUCGAUGAUCUCGAAGCACUUCUGAAUCCAGAGGCGGCUUCUCUUUUGCGCACCAUGCGACGCAUUGGUAACUGCAAAGACGUGCUCCCGCAAGACGUGGGCGAGCAAAUUCUACAAAGCCACGGGAUAACACAAGAUGACUUGGACGACUGGGACUUGGCCUUCAAAGAGUCGGAUGCUUUUGCCCACUCGGGCUAG